GGCUCGAGCUGCUCUCCUAUUUGAAACUGCGCCAUUCGCGUGUCUGUUAACAUGGCGGGUACAGUGGCGAACAAGUGUCUCAGUCCUUUGGCUUUUAUCACCAGGAGGCUCUCUGCUCCGGAGUUCAUCACCCAGUGCUGCUACCACAAGAAGGUGGUGGAUCAUUAUGAGAAUCCAAGAAAUGUGGGCACACUGGACAAACACUCCAAGAAUGUCGGGACCGGCCUGGUGGGCGCUCCAGCCUGUGGAGAUGUAAUGAAGCUCCAGAUUGAGGUGGAUGACCAGGGGAAGAUUGUGGAUGCCAGGUUCAAAACAUUUGGCUGUGGCUCUGCUAUUGCCUCCAGCUCCUUGGCCACCGAGUGGGUGAAGGGCAAAUCUGUGGACGAGGCUUUGAUGAUAAAGAACACCGACAUUGCCAAAGAGCUUUGUCUUCCACCUGUUAAACUUCACUGCUCAAUGCUUGCAGAGGACGCUAUCAAGGCUGCCCUGGCUGACUAUCGCCUCAAGCAACAGGAUGACCAGCAGGAGGCAGUCAGGGCCAGCAAUUAAAGAGCACUCUCACUCUGAGCUGGGUGCCACUGUUUGCUUCCUGCUGCCAAGAAGAGAAGUAGCAGUAGUCCAGCAUCACCACCUCACUUUCCUGCAGUAUUGAUGAGGCACACCUAAUAAUGUUGUUGACUUGUACACCAUCGUCAACCCUCGGUAGCAGUGUUACACUGGGUUUUCUGUAUUAGUCUGUGGUCCUCUAACCCUCUAUACUGUACCUUUGUAGCCUGUCACGUAAACGCACAAUGUAAGCACUAUUUGGGAUGUUGGUACAGAGCUGAGCCUUACUUUUGAGAUUGUGUUCCAUUUUAAGAUUUUGUGACGAGUAUUGAUUUUGAAUGAUGUGGUGGAGAUAUUCAUUAAAGCGAACAGCAAAGUAUCCCAACUGCACCCCCAAGCACUGACCUUUUGAUAUGCAAGUAAGCAAAGUGGCUUGAAACAAUGAAAGGGUCCACUGGUUUUAAGUGUAAUUUAUGGUUAUAUAGUCAUGCUUCCUUAACUGUCUGCAAUAAAAGUAUGAUGAAUCA